AUGUCAAUCCGCGGCCGCCUUCUCUUCAACACCACCAACUCUGAAAAGAACAAUGUUACUGACAUAGACAUGAGUACUGCUGCUGGAAGGAUCACAGGGGCUCUGAUUCUGUGCCUUUUCUUACCGAUUGGCAUCUCUGGAAACCUAUUGAUCAUCUGGAGCAUCCUGACUCGAACCCGCCACCGUUCCAUCACCACCCUCCUGAUUCUAAACAUGGCCUGCGCGGAUGGAUUUGUGAUGCUUUUAAUACCCUUUUUCAUUGUUUAUUUUGUAAAACACACCUGGAUUUUUACCCUUCCACUUUGCAAGAUUCUGUUGUACCUCUGCAGUGCCAACAUGUACGCUUCAAUAUUUUUGAUAACGCUGAUGAGUCUGUACAGGAUGGUGACUGUCGUGUGGAAGAAACAUGCUGGUGUCCUGUCAGACCGGAGGGUGAUCAUUCGGGUGUUGGUGGCACUUUGGAUUCUUGCUCUCUGUAUGUCAGUACCUAAUUCGGUUUUCUGGACCACUUUCAGGAGUGAGCAAGAGCCAAAUAUUGUAGCAUGUGCUUGUAAACAUUCACAGCCACGAGAUGCGAUACUGCAGCACUGUUUUGAAAUUCUGUUGGGUUUCAUGAUGCCGUAUGGACUGAUCAUAAGCAGCUACGUGUGUAUCCUACGAAGAAUUCGCAAGACCAGGUUUCGUAGGCACAUCCGAAGUGAGAAACUCAUCCUGGUGAUUGUCAUCACCUUCGGCCUGAACUGGCUCCCAUUCCAUAUCAUGAAUAUGGUGGAGGUGGCUGUUGCUUUUCUCCCAGAAGAUUCCCCUGCAAAAGCCAGACUCAAUCAAAUCUGGACAUCUUUCCGGGGUUUCACCUCCACUUUCACCUUCAUCAGCAGCUCUAUAAAUCCUGUUCUUUACACAUUUGCUGGAAAGUCCUAUAUUAAACGUGAGGGCCUGGCCUUCAUGGCACGGCUGUUUGAGAGUUUAGGGAUCGAGUCCAGACAAAAGAUCCGGCAGAUUCAGAGCAAUCGAGAACGAGAGAGGAAAGAAGAGGUUGACUAUCCCAAUGAUGGAAUCUGAUGGAAUCCACUAGCGCUAAUGCUAGCUUGUACAUUAAAGUAAAGAUA